CACUAAACAACACCGCACAACGGCACACCACACCGCAUAACGGCACACCACACCGCACAACGGCACACCACACAACACAACGGCACCACACCACACCGCACAACGGCACACCACACGCACAACGCACACCACACCCACAACGGCACACCACCACCGCACAACGGCACACCACACCGCACAACGGCACACCACACAGCACACACCGGGCACACCAACCAACGCACAACGGCACACCACACAGCACAAAACCGGCACACCACACACCGCACAACGGCACCACCGCACACCACACCGCACAACGGCACACCACACAGCACAACGGCACACCACACCGCACAACGGCACACCACACCGCACAACGGCACACCACACCGCACAACGGCACACCACACCGCACAACGGCACACCACACCGCACAACGGCACACCACACAGCACAACGGCACACCACACCACACAACGGCACACCACACAGAAAACGGCACACCACACAGCACAACGGCACCACACCACAACGGCACACCACACGCACAACGGCACACCACACCGCACAACGGCACACCACACCGCACAACGGCACACCACACAGCACAACGGCACACCACACCGCACAACGGCACACCACACCGCACAACGGCACACCACACAGCACAACGGCACACCACACCGCACAACGGCACACCACACCGCACAACGGCACACCACACCGCACAACGGCACACCACACAGCACAACGGCACACCACCACGCCAAGCCACACACAGCACAACGGCACCACACACAGCACAACGGCACACCACACCGCACAACGGCACACCACACCGCACAACGGCACACCACACCACACAACGGCACACCAUGCCGCACAACCCAAAAUAA